AUGUUAUCCCUGGCAUACGCGCUUUUCUUCUGUGCUCUUGGGCCGUUGGUCUCUCUCGCCGCGGCCAGCAGUCAUCACCAUGCCCACAACAAGUUGCACCACCGACAGGAACACAACCUGCACGGCGCCCGCGACACAGCCAUAGACGAUGCCUAUGCACUGGUUAAUGCGUCACUACCUGCAAUCGCAGCAGCCAACAAGCUGAAGCUGCAGCAGCCACGUUUCAACACGUAUCAGUUUCCACCAGCUGGCAACGCGUCAUCCUACGGCAGGAGCAACACAACUGUCCCGGUCAUUGGUCGGCGUGGCCAUUUGAUGGCCAAUGGCAGCAGCACCAGCACUGGCAGCGUGCCGCCGUUUGCUGCCAACAGCAACACGACAUCGCGCGACUACAUUGUCUCGCCUGAGCUGGCAAAGGCUGCACGCGUGGUGGCCGAAGGCACAACCAACAAGCCUGCCGGGGCAGACUACACGGACCGUGCGGCCCGGCUCAAAGCCGAGCACUGGGGCCAGACCUCGCCAGCGUCGGGGGACAAUGCCACCAGCGUUUCCGACGGCGUCGAGGCCCGGGCAGCAGCCGCUUCCUCGUCGUUUUGGAUGGCCAACAUGGCAAUGAACGGCGUGGCACCGUAUGCCGCAGCAGCCAACUACAAAGUGUGGCGCAAUGUGAUGGACUACGGUGCCAAGGGUGAUGGCAAGACAGACGACACGGUGGCUAUCAACAAGGCGAUCACCGAUGGCGGCCGUUGCGGACAGACGUGCGGGUCUAGCACCGCAACGCCGGCGGUGAUCUACUUUCCGAGUGGGACGUACCUGGUCAGCGACACGUUGAUCAUGUACUACAACACGCAGUUUUUGGGUGACCCGACGGCCCGGCCGACGCUGCUGGCGGCCGCCAGCUUUGUGGGCUACGCAGUGGUGCUCACAGACGUGUACAUUGACGGGGCCAAUGGCGCAGAGUGGUACAUACCGCAGAGCAACUUCUUGCGCUCGGUGCGUAACUUUGUCAUUGACAUUACCAACGCGCCCGCCAACAACUACGUAUGCGGCAUCCACUGGCAGGUGGCACAGGGCACCGACCUGCAAAACAUUGACUUUUACAUGAAGGACGGCACGACGCAGCAGGGCCUGUACAUGGAGAAUGGUAGCGGCGGCUUUAUGACGGACCUGUAUUUCCAGGGCGGCAACUUUGGCGCGUACCUGGGCAAUCAGCAGUUUACGGCGCGCAACCUUAUCUUCUCGGGCUGCCUGACGAGCAUCCAGGUGUUUUGGGACUGGGCGUGGCUACUGCAGGGCCUCACUAUCAUCGGCGACAAUACGAAGAACGGGCCGAGCGUGGGCAUCACCAUUGUCGACGGCGCUGGAGGCUCCGCAGGCAGCACGGGCCAGGGCGUGGGUUCUAUGAUCAUCACAGACUGUGUCUUCUACUUUGUAGACACGGCAAUCAAGACCACGCUGGUGGCGGACAACAGCUCCUCGUUUCUGUUACAAAACAGCCUCUUUGUGCAGGUGCCUGUGGCCGUGUACGACACGGGGGCCGCCAAGACUCUGCUCGCCGGCAGCAGCACGGGCAACGUGCAGGUGGCGUCGUGGGGCUUUGGCAACAUCGUAUCCGGCACGUCCGGCACGUCCGUGUUCCAGAACGGCAACGCCAUUACCGCACCCGUGCGUCCCGCGUCGCUGUUGCCUGUGGGUAGUGGCAACUGGUUCACCCGGAGCGCGCCCACGUACGCCGAUGCCAGCAUCCCUGCCACCGCGAUUGUCAAUGUCAAGACCAAGGGCGCGGCGGGUGACGGCGCCACCGACGAUACGGCAGCCCUCAACCAGGCGCUAGCAGCCGCCGCAAACGCGAGCCAGAUUGUCUUUUUCCCCUAUGGCGUCUACGUUGUGACAGACACGCUUCAUAUCCCCCUGGGUUCCCGCAUUGUGGGCCAGGCCUGGUCCACCAUUGCAGGGCGCGGUGCGCGGUUCCAGGACGCCACGAACCCGCGCGCCGUCGUUCAGGUUGGUCGCGCGGGCGAUGCGGGCACCGUGGAAAUCUCCGACAUGCUCUUUUCCGUCAUCGGCCCAACUGCCGGCGCCGUCGUGGUCGAGUGGAACGUUCACGAGGACACAAAUUCGUCGGCUAAGGGCUCUGCGGCCAUGUGGAACUCGCACAUCCGCGUCGGUGGUAACGUAGGCUCGAGCCUACAGGCUGCAACCUGCCCCAUGUCGACGUCGGGCACGCCCAAACCGGCCUGUGUGGCCGCCUCGCUGUUGUUCCACCUGACGCCGGCUGCGUCGGCCUACAUUGAGAAUUUCUGGGUGUGGACGGCGGACCACGACCUUGACAUCGCCUCGCAGGACAUGAUCAAUGUGUAUACGGGCCGGGGCGUGCUGAUCGAGAGCCAGGGCCCCACGUGGCUGUGGGGUUCCGCAUCCGAGCACUCGGUGUUGUACCAGUACCAGUUCUCGCGAGCCAGCAACCUGUUUUGCAGCAUGCUGCAGACCGAAUCGCCCUAUUUCCAGCCGAGCCCGGGAGCGCCAGCCCCAUUCGUGCCGGGCAUGUUCCCCGAUGACCCUACAUUUGCGGAUUGUGCGUUGCCCAUCGCCGCCAACUCGCGCUGUGCCCUGGCCUGGCCGGUGCGCAUCCUCGACUCGACCGACAUCUUUGUGUACAGCGCAGGCCUGUACAGCUGGUUCCAGUCGUACGCUAAGAACUGCGAGAUUGGUAAUAACUGCCAGGAUGGGGCCAUGGACAUACAGCGGAGCGAGAACGUUUGGAUCUAUAACCUGUGCACCAAGGCUAUUGUCAACAUGGUCACGCCGCUCGGUACGGCGGUCACCGUGGGCAGACUUAACCAGAACGGCUUCCUGGCGUCCAUUCUAGGCUGGCUCGAGGGUGCCACGACGAUCGUUGGCGACCGGUUUGCUGGCUGGUCCGUGUUUGCGUCCGGGUCGCUGGUCGGCCUCGGCCUUUCUUCGGCCUGCGAGGCUGCGUUGUACCAGACGGUCAAGUGCGACGACAGCGCCCGCAACCUGCUUGCGGCGGACGCUUACCUAGGAAGCACGGGCAACAAGACGCUGACGGGCCUAGUGUGCGAAGCCGUGUGCGAGGCGAGCAUCGCGUAUGUGCGCCAGAGCGUGGCGGCUGCGUGCGCCGUGACACCGCACCUGCCCGGCACAAACGUGCCUUUUGUUAGCGUGGUCGAUCGUCUGUGGAGCAACUGGAACCAGACGUGCUUUGUCGAUCCAACCACGGGCACCAACUGCAACGAUGUCAUUGCUGCAUUCCCGGCGGCUGCGGACAUUGCUGCGCUGCCCGUGGCCGACUUGUGCUCGUACUGCUACACACAGAAGCUCAAGCUCAUGGAAGCGUCUGCGUACUCGGGCGCGUAUGACAACACAAGCUUUGCAGCACGUUAUGCGUACGUUGCGUCUCACUGUAGCCUUACGGGCGUUGGCAACUUUAACGGGACGGCUUCGGCAGUCACGGGAACAACCCCAGUCGACGUUACGGCGCCGGUUUGCGUCUCCGGUAAGCACUAUACCGUAGCCAGUGGCGACACGUGCGACUCCAUUGCCGUCGCCAACGCGGCCUCGAGCGCCACCCUCUUUGCUAUCAACCCGGUCCUGCGGGACUGCAGCAAGGAAUUGACUGUGGGCGCUGUGUUGUGUUUACCCCAAACAUGCGACACACUCUGGACGGUCCAGCCAGACGAUACCUGCCAGAGCAUCGGAAACGCGACGGGCAAUUCCAUGGACACCCUCGUUGCGUACAACACCAUGCUUAACAGGAAUUGCUCCAACCUCCAGCCGGCGCCAGCCUCGGAACCCAGCUGGGGAGCCACCCUUUGUGUAUCCUCUCCGGGAGGCGCGUAUGCCGGCGUCGCAGCGUCCAACACAAGCACAGACGGUAACGGGGGCCGUGGGAACGGCUAUGCGCCGCCCUAUACGCAGCCCAUCAAGCCGCCGACCGGUGCUACGGUGGCCAAGGGCACCAAUGCCACCCUAUGUGCCGCGUGGUACGUGUAUGACGCCACGCUACUCUGCGCGCAGAUUUGCCUGACCAACGACAUCUCCAUUCGCGUCCUCACGCUGGCCAAUCCAAGCCUGCACGUACCCACUUGUGACGCAGAUCUGGUCCGUGGCACCGCCUAUUGUGUGCGUCCACUGUCUGAAGUUGAGCUGACUGCCUCGUCCGCCCUUCCCUCCUCGUCGACAGCGUCAUUAACCUCGACGUCAACAUCAGCAACAACGUCAAAAACACCGUCAAACACCCCCAACCCCAUCUCCACCGACGGAAAAUGCGGUACCGCCUCCUCUAAAAAUGCCACCUGCCAGGGCAGCACCUUUGGCAACUGUUGUGGCCCUUCGGGUACCUGCGGCAGCACACCGGCGUUUUGUUCUGGCCGUCUCGGCUGUCAGCCGACCUUUGGCGAAUGCAAGCCUAUCUCCAAGGACGGCACCUGUGGCGCGGCAUCGAGUGUGGAUGCGUUAUGUCUGUACAGCUCCUUUGGCGACUGCUGUGGUGCGUCAGGUAAAUGCGGCACGACUACGGCGUUCUGCAACACCGACGAGGGCUGCCAGUCCAACUACGGUACCUGUGUUGCACGCGUGUCCACCGAUGGCAAGUGCGGUAAUGCCUCAUCCGUGGACGCAACGUGUCUAGGCAGCACCUUUGGCAACUGUUGCGGUUCUUCAGGCACCUGUGGCAGUACACCGGCCUUUUGCUACGGCCGGCUCGGUUGCCAGGCGAAGUACGGCAACUGUGUGCCCAUCUCCACAGACGGCAAGUGUGGUUCUGCGUCGAGUGUCGGUGCCAUGUGUCUCUACAGUGCGUUUGGCGAUUGCUGCAGCGCUGCAGGCACCUGCGGUACGACCUCUGCCGCCUGUUACUUGUCUAAUGGCUGCCAGGCCACAUAUGGCACUUGUCUUGCAAAGUAG